UCAAUUUUGGAAAUUGGAAGUUGUUGGUUGCUUUUCAUUAAAAUUAUUUCAAUAAUUUAUUUAAAAAUUACUUUAUGUAGUACACUAAAGCCUCUAAUUAUUGCAGUUUUCUUGAUAUACAUUAAAACCGGACGAUUUACAAGUGAAAAUGUCGCACAUAACAGAUAUUAAAGUAUUAAUUUCUAGGUUGUGUUCUAUGAAAUCUGGAGCUAGUUCCCUACGUUUUGGUUUACGAAAGUUUAGUCAGGGAGAUAGACCAUUACCAAAAGGCAGUGUUACGCCGCUUCCACCAUUGUCUGAACCUAUGCCAAAUCUCCCACCAGUAAUUUAUACCACAGCAAAAUCUGAAGACACUUUGACCGAAGUUACAACUCUUAGUAACGGAUUAAGAAUUGCAUCAGAAAAAAAAUUCGGUCAAUUCUGCACUGCUGGAGUUGUUAUUGAUUCUGGGCCAAGAUAUGAAGUAGCAUAUCCAAAUGGAAUUUGUCAUUUUCUUGAAAAAUUGAGUUUCGGAGCUACACAUAAGUUUCCUACUCGGGAUGUGAUGCUCAGAGAACUAGAGAGGCAUGGAGGUAUAUGUGACUGCCAAGGCUCUCGUGAUACAACUGUUUAUGCUACAAGUGCAGAUUCCAGAGGAUUGGAAGCUGUUACACAGGUGUUGGCAGAAGUGACUUUAAGACCACAGCUUACAACAGAGGAAAUAGAAGCUGCAAGACAGGCUGUAGCUUUUGAAUUGGAAACACUUGCAAUGAGACCAGAACAGGAAACAAUCUUAAUGGACAUGAUACAUUCUGCUGCAUAUAAAGGAAAUACACUUGGUUUACCAAAAAUAUGUCCAAGGGAAAAUGUUAAUAAAAUUGAUCGUGGUAUUAUAUUAAAUUUUCUCAAGAAUCACUACACACCUGAAAGGAUGGUUGUUGCUGCUGUUGGGGUGGAUCAUGAACCUUUUGUUGAAUAUGUUCAAAAGUAUUUUGUUGAUGCUAAACCAACAUGGCAUACCUCAGAUGAUGCUUCAUUUAAACCUCAAAAUGAUCACUCAAUUGCACAAUAUACUGGAGGAAUGGAACAGGAAGAGUGUGAAAUUCCUCUAUACCCUGGCUCAGACUUACCGGAACUUUCCCAUGUUGUCAUAGGGAUAGAAAGUUGUUCACACAGCGAUCCUGACUUUGUAGCUACUUGUGUACUGAAUAUGAUGAUGGGCGGAGGAGGUUCAUUUUCAGCUGGCGGCCCAGGAAAGGGCAUGUACACAAGACUGUAUACAAAUGUACUAAAUAGAUAUCACUGGAUGUUCAAUGCGACUGCAUACAAUCACGCCUAUGGUGACACAGGCUUAUUCUGCGUCCACUCAGCGUCCCCGCCUAACCGUAUCUAUGAUACCACACUUGUAAUUGCGCGGGAACUGGCGAACAUGGCGGGAAAAGUUGGCGAAGCUGAACUAAGAAGAGCCAAAACUCAACUUCAGUCAAUGUUAUUAAUGAAUCUCGAAGCUAGGCCCGUCGUAUUCGAGGACGUCGGCCGACAAGUUCUCGCUACAGGAAAGAGGAAACCGCCGUCUUAUUUCAUCAAUGAAAUAGAAAAAAUUACAGCCGACGACAUAGUGCGAGUAGCUCGUCGUAUGCUCAGCAAGCGGCCCGCUGUCGCUGCCAGGGGGAAAUUGAGUCAUUUACCUGCGUUCGAAGAAAUCCAAGCCAAUAUGACCCUCGACAAAACCGAUACGUCGCCCCAGGGACGAAGACUUAAUCUAUUCCGUGCUUAGUAUUAUUAAAAAAUAGAAAGUUAUUUAGGUUAAACUGUCGAAUUUUAUUUAAAAAUAAAUGUUUAAAUUUAA